AUGACAGGAACCAUAUCAGACACGAAGCCCCAAGACCCAGAAAAGACCCUCCCGGUCACUACCAAAGUAGACGACGUCGACAUCGGCCAAAUUACCCACCUAGACGAAGCAGAAAUCUUUCUCCACGAACAUGGCAUAUCUCACGAUCAGCUGCAAGACAUGCUCGACGAUCCAGUUCGGAUGAAGAAACUGCGGAGACGGAUCGAUAUGAUUCUACUGCCGUUGAUGUGCGGCACGUAUUGUCUGCAGUAUAUUGAUAAACAGGCCCUCUCAUACAGCGCCGUCUUCGACCUAUUCACCAAUGCCCAUAUCAAUAGUAAUGAGUAUAGUUGGCUGGCAAGCAUAUUCUACUUUGGCUACCUCUUCUGGGAAUACCCCGCCAGCUACAUCGCCCAACGCCUACCCAUCGGGACAGUCGUCUCGUCUUUCGUAAUUGCCUGGGGCGCCAUCCUCAUGAUAACAGCCAGCUGCAACAACUUCACUGGCCUGGCUAUCUGUCGUUUCCUGCUCGGAUGUUUCGAAUCCCCAAUAACUCCCUGCUUCAUGAUGAUCGUCGGAAUGUGGUACCUCCGACAAGAACAGCCUUUCCGCGCGGGGAUAUUCUACUGCUGCAAUGGUGUUGGAUCGAUGGUCGGCGGCCUCCUCACCUACGCGAUCGGCCAAUUAAACACCUUCCCCGUAUGGCGCGCCGUCUUCCUCAUCUGCGGCGGGGCAACCAUCAUCUGGGGAGUAGUGAUGAUGAUAUUCCUCCCGAAUAGUAUCCUCACUAGUAAGCGGUUCAGCGUUGAGGAGAAGGUGUUGCUCAUCGGGAGGGGGCGAAAGAAUCAGACUGGUAUCCUGAAUCGAUCCAUAAAAUGGUACCAAAUCCGAGAAGCCUUCGUCGAUCCCCAAGUGUGGCUAUUAUUCCUCUUCACAUUGUUGAACGAGACGGUGAAUGGGGGAGUAGCUAAUUUCGGCAAACUCAUCAUCAAAGGCCUGGUCAGCAGCUCCCUCCUGACCACCGUCCUGGGUAUCCCGCAAGGCGCAUUCCAAGUCCUCUUUAUCCUAUCCGGAACAUACCUCUCUACUCGCUUCACAAAUAUCAGGACAAUCAUCAUGAUAGCGUACCUCAUCCCCACUGUGAUCGGAGUGUGUCUGUUAUGGAAGUUACCUCGCGAGAGGGAAUACGGGGUGUUGUUUGGGUAUUAUAUCAUCGGCUCCUUCGUAACCUCCCUCGUGCUGGCCCUGCAACUCCCCUCCAGCAACAUGGGCGGAUACACGAAGCGAGUAACCGCCACGGCAUUUGUGUUCCUGGCCUACUGCAUUGGGAAUAUCAUCGGCCCGCAUGCGUUCCUGGCUAGUGAGGCGCCGGUGUAUCAGACCGGGUGUAAGUUGAUUCUGGGGUGUGCGUUGUGUCAGAUGGUUUGUGCGGGGGUGUUGAGGGUGGUACUUGUUCGGAGGAAUAAGAGGAGGGAUGAUGCUAUGAUGGGGGUUGGUGGCGAGGAAGGGGAGGGGGAGGGGGUGAUGGAGGAUUUGACGGAUUUUGAGAAUCCGAGGUUUAGCUACUUGAUGUUUUGGAUAAAGUAA